UCUAAACCAUGAAAGUUCGUCUGGUAAUGGUUUACGUAUGAUAAGGAUGUGUCACCAACGUAUUAUGAGAUACAUGUCUAUAUCACCAAUCACGGCAUGCUCAUGUCUCUAUGACAUAUAGAUAUAUCUACUGUUCUUACUGAUAUAUUUCUCUCAUGGUGCCUUAACAGGCUGUGAAGGCGAAUUUCCCAUGAGGUGGGCAAGAGGGGAGGCAUGAGACUCCAGCUCAGAAGGCAAGAUGGCUGAAUCUUCCUCAACCUCAAGACUUAGUCUUGUUACUCGCCAUGAAGCCAGCACAAUAAGUCAUAUGACUGACCUAAGUCGCUGGUCCAUCUUCAGUAUUCUGGAGCCAGACGUUCUAACUUCCAUCAAGAAAGUGUGUGUGUUUGGCAGCUCUGGAAAUGAGGCUAUUUUCCUGACUGAUGAUGAUGAUGUGUAUGCCAUUGGCUCAAACUGCAGCAGCUGCCUGGGACUAGGUGACACCCACAGUAGUUUCACUCCAAGGAAGAUUGAAGGACUCUGUAAGAAAAAAGUUGUUGACAUUGCCUUUGGGAGUGGUCCUCAUGUUCUUGCAGUCACUGAAAAUGGAGAUGUGUACAGCUGGGGACAUAAUGGCUAUUGUCAGCUGGGUAACGGAGGCUCUAAUCAAGGGUUCCAACCUGCCAUUGUCAACACAAAUCUUCAGGGGAAAAAAGUCUUUCAUGUAGCAUGUGGCAGCCAUCAUUCCAUGGCUCUAACAAGUGAAGGGGAGAUCUAUGCAUGGGGCCAGAACAACUGUGGACAGGUGGGAACAGGGACCACAACAAACCAGCCCACCCCACGCAAGAUCACUGCUGUCAUAGGUUGCCGGACAGUUGUAGCCAUCUCAUGUGGCCAGACAUCUUCUAUGGCCCUAAUGGACAAUGGUGAGUUGUAUGGCUGGGGCUACAACGGAAAUGGUCAGCUGGGGCUGGGCAACAAUGUGAAUCAACCCAAUCCAUGCAAGGUGGCAGGUGCCCUCUCUGGUCUCAUCAUCAGCCAGGUGGUGUCGGGGUAUGCCCACACUAUGGCUCUCUCGGAUGAAGGGGUACUGUACUCGUGGGGAGCUAACUCUUAUGGUCAGCUUGGCACCAGCAGCAAGGCCAACCAGGUAUACCCAACCAAGGUGGAGAGAACUGAAAGGUUUGUGGAGAUCGCAGCCAGUCACUACACACACAUCUCGGCUGCCAUGAGCCAGACAGGGAAGGUGUACAUGUGGGGUCAGUGCCGGGGUCAGUCAGUCACCUCACCCAUGCUGACACGCUUCAACUGUGUGGAUGAUGUGUUUGCCACAUUUUCAGCUCCUCCAAUCAGCUGGCGGACAUACAGUGUUGAACAUGUAAGUGGAUCCAGAAUCGCACAAAAUAUAUGCAAAGCUUUUGAUGAUCCGGUGACUGCCGAUUUGAAGUUUGUCGUUGAAGACAGAGAAAUCCAUGUACAUAAGUCCAUUCUCAAGAUAAGAUGUGAAUACUUCCGCUCCAUGUUCCAGUCGUGCUGGGAGGAAGAUGGUAAAGACACCAUAGAGAUCACCCAGUAUCCAUACAGUGUGUACCGUGCCUUCCUUCAGUACCUAUACACAGACCAAGUGGAUCUUGUACCAGAGGAGGCAAUAGGAUUGCUUGACUUAGCCAAUGCAUACUGUGAACCCAUUUUGAAGAAUUACUGUGAGCAAAUAAUCAAACAAGGCAUCACAGUGAAAGAUGUUGCUAUGUUGUAUGCAGCUGCCAUCAAAUUUGAAGCCAAGGUAUUGGAGGAGUUUUGCUUCCGCUUUGCUCUGAACCACAUGACAGCUGUCACCCAGACUGAAGCUUUCACCAAGUUGGAUGAGUGUGUUGUCAAAGAGUUCAUUCGAAAGGCAGCUCUGGCGGGGGCUUUCAAGUACUGAGUUAAAGCCGCACUGCACAUAUGAUGCUGGAGACUGGAAUGAGUCAAGUGACUACAGAAGAGUUUAGGCUGUUGUUGAAUUCUGAGCUGAUCAUUGUCUCAUGUCUGAAGGCCAAAACUCAAUGAUGUGAUCAAGAUUUGGGAGUAGCAACCCAUUGCAUAUGUUGUACAAUUUUAUUGUAACAGAUCUCAGAUGAAGCCCCAAAUUAAACCCUGGCUGCUUGUUGAAGUGAUACCUGACAGUGUUAAUUAGUUAACCCCAUGAGCAACAACUUGGUGAUUGGAUUUAGGGUGCUAUACAAAUGGACUUAUUAUUAUUUAUUAUUACUGGUUGCUACACAUCUUGUUGGGUGAGCUUUGCUGAAUGAACCCUAGAAGGUAAUUGCCACAACUCAAGUCUGCAAGACUGCUGAAAAAAGGUGCUUACAUAAUCACUUGCAUUGCCAGUCUGUUGUUUUUAAAUACUGCAUAUGAACUGUUGUAGUUUAGAUUCACACUCUAUUAGUUUUGUCAAUGCUGUCAGUGUAUGUGAUAAUGGAAUCUAUUAGUUUUGUGGCAUGCAAAGCAUCAAUGGAAGAUGUAAGUAUAAUUGUCAGAUUCACUUUUGAUUUAGUAUGUCUUAUAAAUGAAAAGAACAGUGUUGGGACCAUAUCAUGCAGAAUGUAUGUCUGGUGCAUGCGACUUCAGGAUUUGUCAUUUGUAUAUAUCUGUAGCUGUAGUUCGAAUGGAAUUUGGUGAUGCAUUUGAAUUAUGGACCAUGGGUUCAUGUAUUUGUAACUAGCUACAGACAGGAACACAAAGAAUAUGAGAAUAAGAUCCUAUAUCCAGGUUAGACUCGGUAGUGAUUUACUUCUGUAUAAAAUUCAGACUGAUGCUGGUUAGGGAAAGUGAAGCAGCAGGACUGUUUUCUAAAUAUGAACUGCGAGGUUUGCAAUGACAAAUAAUAACAAAAUCAUUUACUGAUAUGUUUUCAUGCAUUUGAUCAAACAGUUCAUAAAAGUUUAUUGAUAUGUGCAGAACCUCAUGAAGAUAUUCUUAACUGAAGAUAUUAAAAUAUCCAGUUAUGAAGGAUCUAUAAAGGAUUUGUUAAUAUGAUGACAUGCUACUUCAUGAGAUGGAAAUAAUACAUUUUUAUGCAUAAAACAUUUUAAAAUAUAUUUUACACAAUAUUCAAACAAUACAUUUUAGACAUGUUAUGCUAUAUGUAUGUAUUUGUCAUGAUACUCAAUGAACUAAAAAGGGGAGAUCAUGGUUACAUGCAUCUUGUAAAGGUACUAAAGUCCAUGCUGCAAAAUGUUUCUUGAAAUGAUUGAAGUUAGACUUAUUGGAGUAGUCAGAGGAGCUGCUGGGCUACACGUCAGGCUUGAUGGAGUAGUCAGAGGAGCUGCUGGGCUUCAUGUCAGGCUUGUUGGAGUAGUCAGAGGAGCUGCUGGAC